CAAAUGAAACGCACCGCGGUGGAAACAAAGAAGACAAGCGAAACAAACGGCUCGCAGAAGGCUUUGCCAAACAGUUCCGCUUCCCCGCACUCUGCUCCACUCCCUCCCGCGGCGUCGGCAGAGUCCGCUGCCCCCUCUCCCGGCCGCCGGCGAAGUCGCCGUGGGUUGCGAAUGCUCGGCGUCCGCGUCGCUUGAGGUUUCCAGUUCAAAGAGUCAUGUCAGAAUUGAAGAAAUUUACCAAUACUGUGGAUGAAAAACUUGCAGCCAAUGACAGUUCUUCAAGCAGAAAAUCAAAUGCAACUUCAUUGAAAAUGUUAUUAGCAAAAGAGAUGGCUAAAGAAGUGGAGUUAAAAAGAAGACCUCCAAGUGUCAUUGCCAGAUUAAUGGGUCUUGAGGAGGAUCUAUCUACUGAAGAACCAAUUGUACACCAUGCCAAAUGCGACGACUUGAAUAGAGACUUAAAAGAAACAAAUAAGGCCUUACACGGGAAAGAGCAUAAUCAGUCCAUAAGUUUGAUGAGACAAGAUCACCAAUUACGUGAUGAAACAGUUGAAUCUAAUGAUGUUUAUGAAGUAUGUGAAGAACAAUCAGGAACAAGCGAUUUUCAGGAUCGAACUUCAAAGAAAGGAUGGUCUUCUGAGAACAAAAGUAAGGAAUUAUAUAUUGUGCAAGCGAAGUUCAUGGAACCAAAACGCUUUGCCAUGGGAGAGAAGCUCCUUCACACAAAGGAGUUACAAGAAGAUGUUGAGGUUCCAAGUUCAACUAAAGAUAUAUUUCUUGAAUUGCCUGAAGAACCUAACUCCGCUUUCUCAAGACAGCUGAGUGGGCUUCACACAAACCGAUCACCGCCUCAGACAAAACGCAUUACAGUACUGAAACCAAUUAGAUCUGUUGAGAUCACUGGCGUAAGGCAAUCCGGAACAGAACGAGUAAAUAAGCAAAAUGGAUUGAAGAUGAGAAAGUUCCAUCAGAAUCCUAGUUCAAAGGAAGAAAUAUCCUCCCAGCCAAGUAGAAUAGUACUUUUGAGGCCUACACCAGGGAAGCCUGGCAUAUCAAAGGCAAAGCUGACCCCCAGGGCAACUUCAAUUCAGUUAAUUAACCGGAAUAUUCUCAAUGGAUCAUUAGAUGAUAACAGGACUACCAUAGGAUCUGCAGGACUAGUGCAUGGUGACAUGCAGCACUGGCAACAUGGCCGCCCUCAAAGAGCUGACUCUUUAUUAUCUUCUGCAUACUCAAAUGGAUAUGUGGGGGAUGAAAGCUCAUUCAGUGAUUCAGAAGUUGAUCAUAGCAGUGGUUCUGACAUUGAAGAAGACGGUGGUACCCUCAGUGACUCCGAGGGAGGUAGUCCCCUAUCGAAACAUUCAUGGAAUUACAUCAGAAGAUAUGAAGGUCCAUGCUCAGGCUCAUCUUUGAGCAAGAUCUCCCACUUUCCCGAGUCAUCAGUAAUCAGGGAAGGCAAGAAACAGCUUUCAGAGCGAUGGGCAAUGGUGACCUGUGAUGAGACCACUCAAGAGCAAGUGCAAUCAUCGAGGAGAACAUGCACCUUAGCAGAGAUACUCUCCAUUAAAGCAACGAAGAAAGAUGAUGUCACCACUGGGAUACUUUCUGUUUCUAGCAACCGGUCAUGUGGCAUGGAAAAUGAACCGAAUAUACGAUCAACAUAUGUAACUACUUCCAGAAAGAACGGUGAAAAUGGUGAGAGAUCUCCCAGGAAAUUGCCAAGAUCAAAUUCUGUUCCAGUGAUUUCAUCCACGCUUGAUAACAUGGUGGCGAAUGUACAAGCUUCAAAUCCUGAGAGCCGCAAACUGAAGGUGGUUGUUGUGUCAAAUAAGUCAAAGUCAUUUUUCAAGGCAAGAGUUUCAGAUUUUUUCUUGCCUAGAAGUAAAAGGCCAAGAAGGCAGAAAUCCACUUAUCAUCCAUCUGAUUGCUUUGCUGAGAGGAUUGAAGCUUGUGCUGUUCGUAGUCGACCGGAUUACAAUCAUAAUCUGGAUGCCAACGAAAAAGAAGUGCAUUGCCAGGACAAAACUGAUAGUUUUGCCACGCAAAUAUCAACUAGCACGAUAGAGAGAACUGCUUCAAUUGGUGUAACAAUGGAUUGUCCAAGUGGAAACCUGGAUAAACUAGGAGUAAAUAAAGGCCUAAAUCGUGAUCAACCCAGCCCUACCUCAGUUCUUGAUGCACCCUCUGAAGAUAGCAGUUGUAAUGAACCUGAAACAUAUGGGAGAACUUUCAAGAAUGCAACAGUAUCAAGAUCUUCAGCAAUUGAGGCUGUCGCCUGUUCCUUAUCAUGGGAUGAUAGCACCUCAGAAUCACAGUUACUUUGCACCCCAAGGCUGCCUUCUCUUUUUUCUGAUGUAGAUGAUGAUGAAUCAGAAUGCCAUGUCCUCGUGCAAAAUAUAAUGUCAUCUGCUGGAUUAGGCAGUGCACGAUCAAGUAUGGCUUUCACUGGUUGGCAUUUACCCGAUUACCCUCUUGACCCGGUGCUGCGCAACAAAGUACUGGAGUUGCGAGAGCAAAGUUCAUACCGAAGGCUUCUUUUUGACAGUGUUAAUGUUGCUCUACUUGAAAUCGGUGAGAACGCCUUGCUAAGUGCAUUCCCAUGGAGUAAAAAACAGUUUAGAACAUGGAGGGGCACCUCAUCUCCUGAUUUAGGGGUAGAAAUCUGGAGUAUUCUGAAGGACUGGAUUUAUGGGGCACGGAUGUUUGUGGUGAGCAAGAGAGACAGUUCUGGAGUCAUCUUGGAUAGAAUUGUGAAGCAGGCGGUUGAAGGAAGAGGCUGGGUGAAAUUAAUGAUGUCGCAGGCGGUUGACAUCACUGAACAGCUUGAAGGGGGAGUAAUGGAGGAGCUGGUGGAAGAAACUGUGCUGGAUUUCGCAACUUGCUUUCGGCAAUGAGGCACCGUUUGUAACUGGUAAAUUUUCUGGGAAACAGCUGGUUUGUGUAUGCUCUUUGUUUUGGCAGCUGUUCCUUGAAUCGUUGUAUCCUCCUGCUUCUCUCGUUUAUGUAUGUCUUUCUGACUGGUUCUGCCUGGAGUAUUCUGAAGUUUUGUAACAUCCUCGUAUAUGAAAUCAUGUUAACUGUGCAGUUCGUCAGAAGUUUUUGAAGGAAAAAUAAGCGAGCCAGGCUUCUCA